CCAAACUCUUUUAAAGCCGAGUCUGUUGCAUCUCCUAUGACUUCAAACUUCACUACCCCCUCUCUCUUCUUGUGCUUAUUCCUUUCCCCAAACCCUUUAAAUAUUUAUGUGGACAAAGGAGGACGACGACUUGCCUGUCCAUAGCUCGCUCUUGUUAUUCUUCCUACCACAGUCAUCGUCUUCAUCUCCAACAUCGUCACUCUCAGCAGACCAAACCUAUAAUUAAUCUAAACGUUACGUGUAUACAAUAUCCGUCAUGGAAUCUGCAGCUAGUGAUCAUUCUAUUCACAACUGCAGAUCAAUUGAAGCACAGCAUGUCGUACUUUCUCCCGAGACGGCGGAUGAUCACGAUCAUCAUGGGAAGCGAGUUGUAGAUGAAUUAGACUUCUUUGCUCAUAAGGGUCGUUUGAAAGAAGCUAAAGAUCACACGGCAGAAGUUAAAGAAGAAUGCGAUCAUCACGGGGUUGGUCAAGAAAAGCAACUACCCGACGUAAAUACUGGAUUGAAUCUUCUUACAACAUACACCAGUAGCGACAAAUCAUCCAUGGAUGUUGGAACUUCGUCGUCCCGUAAUAUGGAAGACAAGCAUAGAACAAAUGAGUUGGCAGUUCUUCAAGCUGAACUAGGCCGUAUGAAUGUAGAAAAUCAACGGUUGAGAGGUGUGAUUCAUCAGGUUAACACUAAUUACCAGGCGUUGCAGGUGCACCUUGUGAAACUGAAAAAUCAAAAGACUGAUCAACAAGCUGCAGAACAACACAAGAUGAACUUAAAUGGAUCAGAGGUACUAAAAGAGAAGCAGUUGAUGAACGAGUUCAAUAAUCUUGCUCCAAGACAAUUUAUGGAUAUGGGAAGGGCUGAGAAAGAUGAGCUUUCACAGUGUUCUCAUGAAGGCUGCAGAUCCCAAGAUUGUUCUGGGUCGUUCCCUCGAAACAACAUAGUCGAGUCAAUGGAGUGCUGCAAGGGUACUAGUCAUGUUCACAGGGAUAUUAGUGGAAGAAGUAGUACUACUGGGGCAGAAGACAGCCCUGACCACGAAUUUCAAGGGUGGAUUCCUAAUAAGGUUCCCAAGUUGAUGAGCCCUCCUAGGGAAGUGGAUCAAGCCUCAUCCGAAACCAUAUCCAUGAUUAAAAAAGCUCGGGUUUCUGUUCGAGCACGAUCUGAAGCUUCCAUGAUAUCUGAUGGAUGCCAAUGGAGAAAGUAUGGCCAGAAAAUGGCUAAAGGAAAUCCAUGCCCUCGAGCUUAUUAUCGUUGCACUAUGGCAACUGGUUGCCCAGUUCGCAAACAGGUACAAAGAUGUGCGGAAGAUCGAACAAUACUUAUAACAACAUACGAAGGUCAACACAACCAUCCACUCCCUCCAGCUGCAAUGGCCAUGGCAUCUACUACAUCAGCAGCAGCAUCAAUGCUUCUAUCAGGCUCAAAUCCUAGUGCCGAUGGCCUAAUAAGCUCAAACACCUUCCUAGCAAGAACAGGAUUGCCUAACUGCCCACCAAGCUUGGCAACACUUUCGGCUACAGCCCCAUUUCCUACUGUCACCUUGGACCUCACUCGCACUCCCACUUCCUCAGAGAUGCCACUUGGCCAACCAAACCAGCACCCUUCAAAUUUUCCCCACAACAAUCUUAUGUCUGUGCCACAAAUUCUAGGUCAAGCCCUUUACAACCAACCCAAAUUCUCGGUUCUCAAUAGCCUUCAGGGGUUGGAUAGUACUACACACUCACUGGCUGACAAAGUCAGUGCAGCAACAGCAGCCAUCGCAGCUGACCCUAAUUUCACAACGGCUCUGGUAGCAGCCAUCACCUCUAUCGUUGGCAAUGUUCAGUCAAACAAUAACACCAACAACAAUGUUUCUCCAGGAAACGAUAGUGGCAACAAUACAUGAAUAAGUCAUUUUCAUUGGUAAUGAUAAAUAUGGAUAUGAAGUCAAUUCUUAGAUAUUUAGCUUGAGUGUAAUAAAAGACUCUCAUUGAUUCAAUGUCUUUUUAUUUAUUUUUAAUUUUCCCCCAAUUUAUUUUAAAUCGU